CUGUGCCCAGAUGGUCCGCUCCGAGACCGGAAGUGGCCCGGGGCUUUUUCAGGGAUCAGAAAAAGUAGAAGAGGAUUCUUCCUCAGUCUUGGGCUACGUUUCUGCAGCAGCCGCUUUGGUCGUCUCUGGGUGGGACAUCAAGAAAAAAAAAGGAAAACAUGCAAAGAAAGGAUCCCUCUGGAUAAACUGUGGCCCCCGGAAACUACUGUGACUCAUCGAUUCAUGAUACAGCAUAUUUCAUUUUAAAGGAGAGAAUGGCAUCUUCUAAAAGAAAUCUCAGACAAGAAUUGAUUUCCCAGUUUCACUCUUCAGCUGCAGAAGGAAACAUCAACAACUUGACAAUAAUCCUCAGUCAGUAUCCAUUUCUGAUAAACGAAACUUCUGAAAAUGGUUGGACUGCUCUAAUGUACGCUGCAAGAAAUGGGCAUCCACGUGUUGUUCAGUUUCUGCUGGAAAGGGGGUGUGACAGGUCCAUCGUCAAUAAUUCUAAGCAGACGGCACUGGAUAUCGCCACGUUCUGGGGCUACAAGCACGUAGCUACCUUGCUCUCCAAAGCCAUGGGCACACAGAAGCCAUUAAUCGUGCUCAAUAAGGUGGAGGAAUUGGAGAAUUAUUUUAGCAGGACCCUCCUCGAUAGGAAAAGCGAGAAAAGAACCAAUUCCAUGUGGCUGUCAAUGAAACAAAUCCAUCCAGACACAGUGUACAUCCUUUUCUCAGAUCUCAGUCCGUUGGUUACUUUAAGCGGACAACAGCCAGAAGUGAGGCUUUGUCGCUUGGGCUACGUCCACAUACAGGAUUAUUUAACAAAUAAUGAUAAAGCCACCCUCAUUUUUCUUGGAGUAGACCUUGGAUCAAAAAGGGAACUUGUCAAUGAUAAUAUGGGGGAAGACACCAAAGAGAAGGAUGAGGAUGGGUGUAUCGCUUGGUUUGCCCUUGGUAUAGAUGCCAUCUCUGCCGAGGAGUUCAAACAAAGGCACGAAGAUUGUUACUUCCUUCAUCCUCCAAUGCCUGCUCUCCUACAGUUGAAAGAGAAAGAAGCUGGGGUCGUAGCUCAAGCACGAUCUGUGCUUGCGUGGCACAGCCGAUAUAAGUUCUGCCCCACAUGUGGAAGUGCAACCAAAAUUGAGGAAGGGGGCUAUAAAAGAGUGUGUUUAAAUGAAGACUGCCCAAGCCUUCAAGGAGUUCACAACACGUCCUAUCCAAGAGUUGAUCCAGUAGUAAUCAUGCAAGUUCUUCAUCCUGAUGGGAACAAAUGCCUUCUAGGUAGGCAGAAAAGAUUCCCUCCUGGCAUGUUUACGUGUCUUGCUGGAUUCAUCGAACCUGGGGAGACGAUAGAAGAUGCUGUACGCAGAGAAGUAGAAGAGGAGAGCGGCGUCAAAGUGGGCAACGUCCAGUACAUCUCUUGUCAGCCCUGGCCGAUGCCCUCCUCCUUAAUGAUCGGCUGCUUGGCCGUGGCUUUGACUACCGAAAUUAAAGUUGACAAGAACGAAAUAGAGGACGCUCGCUGGUUCUCUAAGGAGCAGGUCAUCGACGUGCUUUCCAAAGGAAACCAGCAGGCCUUCUUCGUGCCCCCGAGCAGGGCCAUCGCGCACCAGCUCAUCAAGUACUGGAUCGGCAUGAACUCCAACCUUUAGGCUUCAGUGCGUGCCGGCUGCCGGAGCCCGAGGCACGGCCGGUCGGGAGCGAGGCCGGCCUUGGCCUCCGCGUGGCACGGGCCGGCCUCGCUCCCCCGACGCGCGAGAACGCGGCUCUCCUCGGAGACGCGCCGGGGCUUUUAGGUCCCAAGAAUAAAGAUACGGAAGUUCCAAACCUCAA